ACACUGGGGGAUAAAAGGCAAGGUUUGUGAUUCUGAUGAGACACAUAGAUAAUUCAGACAGCAGAGAAAGAGCACAAAACCUCAACAAUGGCAAAGGUAAUCAUCAUAGCGUUGGGCGUGGUAGCUUUGUGCUGUCUCACUGUUUAUGCAUCUCAGGGUGCCUUCACCCCAGACGAAUGCUGCUUUCAUUUUAUAGAAGACCCCUUGCCUAAAAAGAGAGUGGCUGACUACAGAAGCACAAGCUCACACUGUGCCAAGUCCGCAUUCAUUUUAAAAAUGAAGAAUGGCAAGGAAUUUUGUGUUCGUCAUGAUGCAGACUGGGUUGCAAAUGUUACCAAAUUUGUUGAUGAGAGAAGAUAAACCCAAGCCAUAAACCACAAAGGCAUUUUCUGUAAUUGUAAAUUUUUAAGCAUUAUGAUUUUUUUGUUCAAGCUGCAAAAAUACCCUGAUCAAGUUUCUUAUAUUCACUUGUUACUCUGCCUGCUUUUUCCAGUUUCGAGUCUUGUUAUUGCACUCACUGACACAAUGAAUGCUCAACACAAUAUGGCCUUUUGGUGAUGCUAUUUCUAUGCGUAUAAGCUUAUAUGUAUUUUAUCUUUAAAUAAACAAAUUACGAUAUACUAAAUAAAA